AUGCCGGCAUACCACUCCAUCUUCCUGGAGGACCGCGAUGUCCCCGUGAUAGGAAACUUCCCAAUUCUGCCAUUGCGCACUCGCACCCGUGGUCCCGCAUACACCUUGCCUGCGCUUCCCCCCAAUACUGCCGAUAUCGAUGUUGCCCCCGACAAUGAAUCCUACGACUGCGUUGAUGAAAUCCUGUCGCUCUUCCGUGCCAACGUAUUGUUCCGGAACUUCGAGAUCAAUGGUCCUGCCGAUCGCAUGCUCAUCUAUGGAACCCUCUUCGUUAGCGAGUGCCUCGGGAAGGUUAAGCCGACAAUGAACUCCCGUGAGGCUGAGAAGGCUCUGAUCAAUGCUUCGCUUGACAAUUUCGCUAUCCCUGGUGAUGUGUCCUUCCCGCUUAACCAGGCCUUUGAGCCCCCACGCGACCGCCAGGAUGCGGAGAGUCUGCGGGCGUACAUUUCUCAGGUGCGACAGGAGAUUGCUGUACGGCUACAUGCGAGAUUAUACCCCGGUGGAGAGGGCCCGUCUAAGUUCUGGUUGAGCUUCACCAAGAGAAAGUUCAUGGGCAAGAGCCUGUAG